GUUACCUACAUAGUACAAGAAGCUGAUCAGGGGCGUCCCAUUGUUUCUAUUUUAAUGCAAUAGACUAGCCUAUUUUGGCAAUUAGACUUCGCUCUUCACUUUUGGAUUUUUAACGGAACAGCGUAGCCACCACAUGUAGUUUAUGAAUGAUCAAUAUUGCAAGGAACAAAAUUCCUACAAUUGUAUAUAUGUAUAAAAUCGCUACUACGUAUGCGUCCAAGUUCUAAAGAGACAUGCUUCGAUGAUCAGGACACCUGCAUCUGUAUGGUGUACUGCUGGGUGCCUCGGUAGUUACUUGGGGCGGCAGGCAAGCCACAGCUUACUGAGAUUCGGAUCUAUCCGUACCGACAUGUACAGUCGUUACAACGCCAGUUGAUGAGGAUAAUUAUAGUAAGGUACAAUACUCGAUGAUGUAGAAUUUCUAAUGUAGAAUGAUUCAAUGAUUGCUCAUUCGUUGAACCGAACUAUGUUGAAGAAAGCCCAGUUCCGACGUCACGGACAGGGAGGGAUACCCCACUACCCUGCUAGACAGAUAUUCUACCAACUGCCUAUACCGAGGUUAGCUUCGAAGAAACAUAAAAGCGACGCCAUUCUCUCCAGCUAGGAGUCGCCUCGCAGAGACAAGCUCCAUCAUGGCAGACACAAACAAUCCUAUGGUUGAUUCCCCGACCAGCGGUCCCGCCGUCUCCAAGACGACGCUGCCGAUAGCGGGGUUACAAGUAGACGUCUACGGGCUCGCCGAGCUGCCCGCGGCCGCAACGUCAAUAUCAUGUCUUUGGCUGCACCACCCACGUCUACGCAGCAAGGUCGAUAUGGGUUACAUCGCGGACGAGAUCCUCUCUGCCUACCACGCCGCGUCUUCGCCCGCUUCUACGAGAGGUCUGAUCGCUGUGGCGUUUGAUCAGCGGAAUCACGGCUCGCGACUCAUCAGCGAGACCGCGAACGCGGCGUGGAGACAGGGUAACGCCACGCACGCACAAGAUAUGUUCGGCACCAUCUCUGGUGCGGUUACGGACACUGUUCACCUACUUGAUGUGCUCGAGGGGUAUCUUUUUGGAGCUGGAGGUGGGCCGGGGGCUGCGCCUGGAGGAGAAGACAGACACAUUGAUUCCAACUUGGUCCUAGGUGUUAGUCUGGGCGGUCACAGUGCAUGGCAGUUGCUUUUUGCUGAGCCUAGAGUAACGGCGGGAGUCAUCGUCAUCGGAUGCCCUGAUUAUAUGAAUCUAUUACAGGACCGUGCACGGCUUUCCAAGCUAGAGACAUUCACUGUCGACAAAGGAGCGACGUUCUUUGGGAGUAAGGACUUUCCUAAGGCUCUCGUCAGGGCGUGCGAGAAGUAUGAUCCAAAGGCGAUCAUUUUCAGCUCAGGUGAAAUCUUAACCGAACCUUCAGCCUCCGAGCAGGAUAGAAUACGGAGCAUAUUAGACUCUAAAAUCCGAGGCAAACGGUUUCAGAUCCUUUCGGGCGGCGCCGAUAAGUUGGUGCCGUACAAGGCGGGUCAGACGUUCUUGGACUUUUUCAAAAAUGCUACUACUGGAUGGUAUAAAGAUGGCAAUGUCUACGUCGAAGAUAAUGUUUAUCCGGAUGCCGGUCAUGUAUUCGCGCCAGAAAUGCGUCGAGAUGCUAUCCGAUUUGUCCUAGAUACAGUGAAGUCUCUCGAUACUUCUAGCCGAGUGGCAUCUCCGAAGAUCUAAGCCGCUAGUUUUCUAAAG